AUGCUGCAAACACUGGCCCUCCUGCUGCUUCAGGCAGCAUAUGUUUUUGGAUGUGGUACACCUGCUGUCAAGCCAGACACCAACAGGGUUGUGAACGGAGUGGAUGCUCGCCCUCAUAGCUGGCCGUGGCAGAUCUCCCUGCAGGUGAAGCAUGGCAGCCGUUACCAUCACACUUGUGGAGGGACUCUGAUUGGAUCUCGCUGGGUGCUCACUGCUGGACACUGCAUCUGGCCAGGAGAUGUGUACCGUGUGGUGUUGGGAGAGCAUGACAUGACCCAGCAGGAGGGAACUGAGCAGAUCAGAGAUAUCCUGCGUAUUGUUGUCCAUCCCAGCUGGGACAUUGACCAUGUGGCUGAUGGCAAUGAUCUUGCCCUGCUGAAGCUGGAUAAGAGCCCCAUUAUGAAUGACAGCGUGGGCGUGGCUUGUCUACCAGAGGCUGGAGAGAUCCUUGCACAUGGAACCCCAUGUUACAUCUCCGGCUGGGGCAACCUUUACACCCACGGCCCCAUGCCCGAUAAGCUGCAGCAGGCCUUGCUGCCCGUUGUGGAGCACAGCGUUUGCAGCCGCAGCGACUGGUGGGGCAUCAACGCCAAAACCACCAUGGUCUGUGCAGGAGGAGACGUCGUAUCUGGAUGCAAUGGAGACUCUGGCGGUCCUCUGAACUGCUUGGGUCAGGACGGUAGGUGGUACGUGCAGGGCGUGACCAGCUUCGUUUCCUCCAGCGUCUGCAAUGAAGUGAAGAAGCCCACCGUCUUCACCCGCACGUCAGCCUUCACCGACUGGCUCAGCGAGGUCAUGCUUAAAUACUGAAGAUCUGCUGGCCACAAGUUGAUCAACUCCAAAAGAUAAUGAGAU